GGCCCAGAAGCCUCCGCGGCCCCCGGCUCCGUCCCAGAAGCCUCCGCGGCCCCCGGCUCCGUCCCAGAAGCCUCCGCGGCCCGGCCCGGAGGCCGCCUGAGGCGGAGCGCCCGCCAUGGCGGAAGUUGGUCGACGACGUCAGCGGGCCCGGCCGACAGGAGAAGCCCCCGCCGGAGCCUCCCCUCCCAGACAUGAGGAGGAGGAGGCGGAGGACCGCCACGACCAGGGGGCCGCGGCCAUGGCGGCGGCCGACCGGCUGACGGGCUUCCUCAAGCUGCUGGCCGCCGCCUUCUACGGCCUCAGCUCCUUCCUCAUCGUCGUCGUCAACAAGAGCGUCCUCACCGGAUACAGGUUUCCUUCCUCACUAUGUGUUGGACUUGGUCAGAUGUUGGCCACUGUGCUUGUUCUCUGGGUGGGAAAGGCCCUCAGGGUGGUAAAAUUUCCUGACUUGGACAGAAAUAUACCUCGAAAGACAUUUCCACUACCUCUCCUGUAUUUUGGGAACCAAAUCACAGGACUGUUCAGCACAAAGAAACUGAACUUGCCAAUGUUUACAGUUCUAAGAAGAUUCUCCAUUCUGUUUACAAUGUUUGCAGAAGGCGUUCUACUCAAAAAGACCUUUUCUUGGAGUAUCCAGAUGACUGUUUUUGCGAUGAUUAUUGGUGCAUUUGUAGCUGCCAGCUCGGACCUGGCAUUUGACCUGGAAGGGUACGUCUUCAUCUUGGUGAACGACGUCCUGACCGCGGCCAACGGGGCGUACGUCAAGCAGAAACUGGAUUCGAAGGAGCUGGGGAAGUACGGCCUGCUGUACUACAAUGCCCUGUUCAUGAUCCUCCCCACCCUGACCAUUGCGUAUUUCACAGGAGAUGCCCAAAAGGCGUGGGACUACGACGGUUGGGCCGAUUCCCUGUUCCUCCUGCAGUUCAUCCUCUCCUGCGUGAUGGGAUUCAUCCUCAUGUACUCUACGGUCCUCUGCACCCAGUACAAUUCUGCUCUCACAACUACAAUCGUUGGCUGCAUUAAGAAUAUACUCGUCACCUACAUUGGGAUGGUCUUUGGCGGGGACUAUAUUUUCACGUGGACAAACUUCAUCGGGUUAAAUAUCAGCAUCGCCGGAAGCUUGGUGUAUUCCUACAUCACCUUUACAGAAGAUCAGCUGAGCAAGCAGUCGGAAGGGAGCGGCAAGCCGGACGUCAAAGGGAAAGGGGCCGUGUGACCCCGGGCUCGCCUCGCUCGGCCCCGCCGCUCGCGGCACAGGUGUCCGACGGGAUGGCGGGGGAGGGCAGGGGGCAGUCCUGCGGCGGCCAAGGGGUCGGCGUUUUGCCCCAGGACGAUGGGAAGAGGGCUGCCUCCUGGAAGUUGGAUAAAGAACGCACCAGCGGGUGGCACCUGCACUGUCGGACGUGUCGCCCAUCCUCUGAGCGGACUGGGGCCCGGGGCCUGCCUUGUCAUCGGUUUCCCAGGCCGCUCCUGGCCAACCCCUGCCAACUUCAGUGAUGGUUUGGCCUGCCGGGGCGACUGCUCACCCCAAAAGCCGACCUUUCCCGCUGGAAGAAUCGCCCGGGGUUGAGAGCCCGUCGGGCCAGGAUGACACUGAAACUGAGGGUGGGCUUGGCUCCACCCUGGCCUCCCCCACCCCCACCCUCCCUUGGGUCCCUGGUCUCUAUCGUGGGGCACUGGGGAGGCUUGGUGUGGAUGAUCCCCCUUGGCGAUUUUUCACAGAAAUCCCAGGGACAAGGGCAAGAAGGCCCCUUGAGGUAGGGAUGCUCAGAACUGCGCCCUCUCGAAGAGAGGGCAAGGACGGCCCUUCCCGUAGACCAAAUCCACCUGCGUAUCCGGGUUAAAUUUGGCUUGGGCGAGGCCGCCGGUGGGAGCCAGGCUCACCAUCCCAGACCUUUAGCUUGGUUGUAACUUGGCGGGGCUGCCCGCCCCAAGACCCAGGUCCUGAGCCAGAGGUCAGGGAGGUGGGUUUGUCGUCCUCCUCCCCUUCAGCCUCCUCCAAGCCAGCCCUGUCCCAGUUGCUGCGGGAAAACUGGGGGGAUUAGAGAGGCCGCCCCAAGAGAGGGGAAUCCAGACGGUGCCCCCCUCCAUAGCGGGAGUAGCAAAGCAGGUCGGCUGUUCUCGUCUGGCCCUCGUAAGCCCCUCUCCCACCUCGGUGUUGUCCAGAACACCCAGAAACUCCAGUGGUGGGGUGCGACGCCCCACGGAACCCUACCUCGACCAGCAACCGCCUCCCCGAAUGCCAUUCAGCCCAGGCUAGUGGCCGCCCUUAGGUCAGAGCCGGUGCGGAGGGGCCGGGGCCGCUGACGUGGCUCCCGUGGGCCUGUGGCCCCGGGCGCUCGUGACGGCCUGGGAUGGAGUUAGCACGGGUGGCCCGGGACCCGGAGCCCAAAUUGUGAUCCCUACAGUGAGAUCGCUAAGCCCUGCGGCGCUGAGCCAGCUGACGCGGCAUCGGUCGGAUCUCCGAGCUCUCCUUCGCUUAAAGCCCGUGAGGCUGCGGGAGAGGCGACGGGCACUGAGCGAGAGAAUCCUAGUUGUUGGCCUUUUCAAAGGGCCGAGACUUUAGUUUCCGUCCACUGCCGUUUUAGCUACUCGAUAGAGGCGGCGCCACCUCCGUGGAGGGGUGGCCUGGCUUUCAAAGAAACUAGUUUUUAUAAAUGUAAGUUUCAUGACGCGGCCGAUGUUUGUCUAACUCCAAGUAAGAUCCGUUCCGGUUUAAAGCGCCUUUUCGGGCCACGUUUUGGGUAGAGCACGAUGGAGGAAUUAGGGGACGGUCUCGACCCCAACGGGAGCCUGUGCCGGUCAGUUGCGCUUAGCACGUGACGGGCGCCGUCGGUCGGAUGGCACCGCCACGCUUCCCAGCCCAGGUUCCAGUAUUCGGGCUGGAAAUUAGCAGCAGGCGGCAAGGCGGGAAGCGUUCUGCUCGUGGCAGACGGGACAGUGUACGAUCCAUAAGCAACCAUCCCGGUGGCUUCCGCAAACCCUCCUUCCUACCUAACUCAUUCAAUCCUCAAAGAACCAGAGGUCACGCCAACACAACUUUCCCAUCGCCUCACAGUUCUCCGAGAACGAAACCACCUUAUUCCAGCGGAAGGGGCGGUGGAUGGCGUACUCGGUUAAAACUUUCUCGUCCGGUCUUGCCUCCUGAAACUUCCCGUAAUCCAAGGCCGGCCGUGGCGGAGGGUCACCUGGGUUCCUGGUGCCGACCGAGUGGAAAACUGGAGGUCGGUUUGGCCUCGGGUCUACCUGCCUCUCGGUCCGGGUGACGACCCCAGGUCGCCGAGACCUUCCUGAAGAAUCCACCGGUUAGACGGUCCCGCAGAAAGAUUUCUCUCCGUUAUUUUAUUCGUAGAAGCGCACCCUUCAGUGCCAAACACCCGGUGGGUCAGAUGGGGAGCCGAGUAGACCUGGCGCGGUACUGACCCGGCUCUUUUCUAUCUGGAUCCGACCUCCCGAGUCACCGCUGUCUUUUGUCUUCAAAAGGCGGGUUGGACGGCCCUUGCCCGCGUGUGGGCUAAGUCAGGUGACCAGCAGCAGCAGAGUUACGUGCCUAACUAUUUUUGUACUGGCUUCCAAUAAAUACUUUUGUCCUGAAAA